ACAUGGCAAGGAGCAAACUGACAUCAUUUGACAUCUCUCUGCUUCCUCAUUUCAAUAUUAACUGUUUACCAGAAGAGAAACAGGUUUGGGGCUAGGGUUGGGUUGGUUUUUUUUUUCGGUUAGUGAAGUUUUUUUCUCUUCACAGUAGCAGAUGGAGCUUCCUCAAACUGCCCAGUGCUGUUUUUCAUUUUAAAAGAGACAGGACUGUGGAAGUGUUUCACUUUCUGCUCUAGCUGGUGUAUUGUAACAGCAGCAAAGCCGAGUGCCGCUGCUACUCUGCUCUCAGAGCAAACCUGUUAAAGGAUUUUUCCCCCCCCUCGAUAAAUCAAUAGGCAUGACACAGCUGCAGUUCAAAGAUGCAUUUUGGUGCAAGGAAUUCACUGUCCACUCUGGCUAUGAGGUGCUUCUCCAGCGAAUGUUGGAUGGGAGAAAGAUGGCAAAAGAUGUGGAGGACUUGCUCAAACAGAGGGCACAAGCGGAAGAGAGAUAUGGGAAAGAGCUGGUUCAAAUUGCUCGAAAAGCAGGAGGACAAACCGAAAUCAACACUCUGAAGGCAGCAUUCGAGGUCCUAAAGCAACAAAUUGAAAAUGUUGGAAACUCUCAUAUCCAGCUGGCAUUGAUGCUGAAGGAUGAAAUGAAAGGAAUAGAGGAGUUCAGAGAAAGACAGAAGGAGCAACGAAAAAAGUACGAGUCUGCAAUGGAUCGUGCGCAAAAGAGCAAGGUGUCCCUUUAUAAGAAAACUAUGGAGUCAAAGAAGACCUACGAGCAGAAGUGCAGGGAUGCAGAUGAGGCUGAGCAGGCCUUCGAGAGGAUAAGCGCUUCAGGCAACCAAAAGCAAACAGAAAAGAGUCAGAACAAAGCCAAGCAAUGCAAAGACACAGCAAAUGAAGCAGAAAGGGUAUACAAGCAGUAUAUAGAACAGCUGGAUAAGGCCAGAAUAGAGUGGGAGAAGGAACAUAUCAGCACCUGUGAGGCCUUUCAGCUCCAGGAAUGUGAUCGUAUCACCAUCCUCCGGAACUCCCUUUGGGUUCACUGUAACCAGCUGUCCAUGCAGUGUGUGAAGGAUGAUGAGAUGUAUGAAGAGGUUCGAGUGAGCUUGGAGAACUGUAACAUAGAAUCAGACAUGGAUUACUUCAUUAAGAAUAAAAUGACAGGAACAGAUCCACCAGUUCCAAUAGGAUAUGAGAAUUAUUAUGCCAGAGAAACUCCUAGAUGUAGUAACAGCCCGAUCCAGUCUUGUGGGAUGAUGAAAAGAUUCUCCGGAUUGUUACAUGGAAGUAGCAGAAACUCCAGUGAAACCAUCAUUCCCACAGCCCCUCCAAUAGACGAGAAAGUGGAUGGAGUCUACGCCGCUAUUAAUGUGGGUGAACAAGCAGCAACCACACCAUCCCAGGACUACAGAGUGCUCUACGACUAUACAGCCCAGAACACCGAUGAACUGGACAUCAGUGCAGGAGACAUCAUAACAAUCAUCGCAGAAGGCGAGGAUGGCUGGUGGACAGCAGAAAGGAAUGGUCAACAAGGAUUUGUACCAGGGUCUUACCUCGAAAAGCUUUGAUGAAAAGAUGCAUCUGCUUUAAGACCUUAAAAAUACCUUAUUCUCUAAAAUGGCACACAUGAUCAGCCAGUGUUGACCAAGAGGAGCCCAUAUCAUUGU